AUGCGGACUGUUAUCUUGAGCAAGACGCUCUUGCGCAUUGCGUUUGUCGUCAUUCUUGUUCUAGUUUUGUACAGCUCCCGGAAGGCAAGAGACGUAGCCAGCGAAACCCUGAAAGAAGUGAGCGAUGAAUUGGCUCUGCUGCAAGAGGGUGAAGGUUCAGGCGAGGACAGGGUCGACAUCUUGGAGAACAUUGACAACUUCUACCACGAAGACUCCGAAGAGAUCGAAGAAAAAGACCCGAUCCACUUCGCUGCUGAAGACAAAAAGUUCCUGCUUCACAACAAGCUCCCCAAAUCCGGCUCGUCAACGAUGAAAUACAUCCUCAAAGUCUUGUCGGACAAGAAUGACUUUUUCUUCGACCACUAUCGGGUGAGCCAGUGCGACAUUGACAACAACCAGCGACUUGUUCAUCACGCAGCCAAGUUGCGAAGACAGCAUCCGGACAAGAAGAUUGUUCUGCUGAAGCACCACACUUGGGUGAAUUUUACACACAGAGGUUAUCCCCAGCCACAGUUUAUCAACGUCGUUCGCCACCCAGUGACUCAAUUCAAGAGCACUUAUUACUUUUCACGCUUCGGAUGGGGACUUCAAAAAGGAAAGAGAAACGGCUCACACGAAGACCGAAAACGAUCAAUUGACGAUUGCGUCGCCCAGGGCCAGUAUGAGUGCGUCGAUUCUAUCGGCGUUUUCAACAAGUAUUUCUGCGGCACGGAUCCUGUUUGCAUGGAUCACCGUACUCAUCAACAACAACCCGACGGCAAGUGGGUUCGAUUCACCGACCAUGAAAAACUGAAGAAAGCAACGGAGCUCAGCAAGCAAAACAUCCUCAAAUACAGGCAAAUCGGUGUGUUGGAAGAAUUUGACUCGACUCUCAAGCUGUUGGAAGUGACUCUGCCCGAGUUUUACAAAGGAGCUUUGGAUGCUUACCAUGGACCCUACGUCCAGAAGUUCGUCAAGCUGACCAAAUCCAAGUCGCAUGGAAAUAUGACAGAAGAAACUGCCAAAAAGCUGGAAGAGAUGCUCUCAUACGACAUGGACAUCUACAACCUCGCGAAGCAGGUCUUCCACCAGCGCCUCCAAGAAAACGGCAUCGGCAACAACGCCGUUGCCCCACUCUAA